CUCAGCAAAAAUGGUAAGUUAUUUAUUGGAAUUUCAGGUGGCAUUUCUAGACCAUAGAAGAAAUUAAGUUGGUCUAGCCAGUGUAGACUUUGCCACCACCCUUCUUUCUCUCUUAUCUUUGAGAUCAUCCAUUCCAUGUUUCAUUUGCUUUAUUCAGGCUAAUUGCAUUCUUCUGUUACCACCUCAGGGCAUCUUUAGUACUUUUAAAGGCCAAGCCAAGCAAGAAAGAAGACUAGGAGGAAUCAGGGCUACACUUUUUGUCUAUGGUAAGUUGGUAACCAUUCAAUUUUGUGUUCUUCUUCCUUUCCUCGCUUCAGAGAUUUGCUUGUUUUAUAAUGUCUUUCACUCUUCUUUAUUUUGUUAUUAAUUGUGAUUUUCUUACCAGCCAUGGAAGGGUUGGAGAAUAUGGCAUUUGUCUCCAAUGCCAUAAGCCUGGUAACAUACUUUUAUGGGUACAUGAACUUCAGCUUAACAAAAUCAGCAACCACCCUUACAAAUUUCAUGGGGACUUCAUUUUUACUAACACUCUUUGGAGGGUUCAUCUCUGACACCUAUUUGUCAAGAUUCAAGACUUGUGUCCUGUUUGGGUCCAUAGAAUUGCUGGGAUACGCCCUCUUAGCAGUACAAGCUCACUUCCACCAACUAAGACCUACCCCAUGCCAAGGUCUUGCAAUAAGCCAAACAACUCAAUGCAAGGCUGCAGACAGUGGCCAGGCUGCAAUACUUUUCAUCGGUCUGUACCUCGUUGGAUUUGGCACUAGCGGAGUUAAAGCAGCUUUGCCUUCAUUGGGGGCUGACCAAUUUGAUGACAAGAAUCCUAAAGAAUCAGCUCAAUUGUCAAGUUUUUUCAACUGGUUCUUGCUUAGUCUCUCCGUUGGAGCUAUAUUUGGGGUGACUUUUGUCGUUUGGAUAAGCUCAAAUGAGGGUUGGGAUUGGGCGUUUGGCGUAUGUACCGUAGCAGUCUUGUUUGCAAUUGUGUUUGUAAUCAUGGGCAAGUCAUUGUACCGUAACAAUGUUCCCAAAGGGAGUCCUCUCCUUCGUAUUAUACAGGUAUUUGUGGUCGCUAUCAGAAAUCGAAAGCUUCCACAACCAGAGAUGGCAGAUGAAUUACAUGAGGUUCAUGACAAAGAAGCAGGGGUGCAAAAUGAAAUUCUCCCCAGAACUGAUCAAUUCAGGUUUUUAGAUCGAGCAGCAAUUGUCCAGACCUCUGGCGAUGCAUCAACAUCAGUAAGCCCAGGACCCUGGAGGCUAAGUACAGUAACACAAGUUGAAGAAACAAAGAUCCUUAUUCGGAUGCUUCCAAUUAUACUCAGCACUGUUUUCAUGAAUACUUGUUUAGCUCAACUCCAAACUUUCACAAUCCAACAAAGCACAACCAUGGACACUCAUAUCCUUGGUUUUAAGGUGCCUGGUCCCUCCAUCCCGGUUAUCCCCCUGGCGUUCACGUCCAUUUUUCUCCCAAUCUAUGACCGCAUUUUCGUUCCAAUUGCUCGAAAAAUAACAGGAAUCCCUACAGGAAUUCGGUAUCUUCAAAGAAUUGGGAUUGGAUUGGUGUUCUCAGCCAUUUCCAUGGCAGUUGCUGGAAUUGUAGAAACACGACGCAAAUCCUUGGCCAUUCAACACAACAUGGUAGAUUCUAUUCGGCCUCUGCCAAUGAGUGUAUUUUGGCUUGGGUACCAAUAUGCUAUAUUUGGAUUGGCUGAAAUGUUCACAUUCGUUGGGAUGCUAGAAUUCUUCUAUUCAGAGAGUUCAGCAAGGAUGAAGUCAUUGAGCAUAGCCAUCUCGUGGUGCUCAUUAGCUUUUGGUUACUUCUUGAGCACGGUGGUGGUGGAGGUGGUGAACAAGGUCAGUGGUGGAUGGCUGGCUAAUAACAAUUUGAACAGAGACAAGCUCAACUAUUUUUACUGGUUAUUGGCAGCGUUGAGUGUGGUGAAUUUUGGUAUCUAUUUGGUUUGUGCCUCUUGGUACAGGUAUAAGAAGGUGGAAAUCAAUCAAGAAGAAAAUUGUGAUAGCAGUCCCGCAAAGGGCAAUCAACUUGAGAUGGUGACAAUUUAGAAUCACGAGGGUUCUGGUUUUUAUAGUUCUUGUAUUUUUCUCCUCUUAUCAA